AUGCUUCGUAAUACUUAUUCUUUUGUUACAAAAGCAACACGCCAAAUCCAGUUAUCAGCCGCCUCUUCAUCUGUCUCUUUCACUGGAGUGAUUCCGACGGAGAAAAUCGAGAAACGAUACACAUUAAGCAGUGGACCAGGAGGCCAAAAUGUGCAGAAAAAUGCCACAAAAGUAGAGAUCCGAUUCAAAGUUAGCGAGGCAGAGUGGUUAUCCGAUUCGCUGAAGAAUUCCAUUGAAGAGAAGCUUUCACAUCGAAUUAACUCUGCUGGAGAGCUCAUUAUCGACAGUGAUAGAACACGAGAACGCCAUCUUAACGUUGCCGAUUGCUUCGAUAAGUUGAGAUCUGCCAUCUACGCCAUCGAAAAGGAGCAAGGAAAGCGACAGACUACCGAAAAAGACGAAAAAAUUUUGAGAGCGAGAGCAGCAAUUGCCACACAGCAUCGUCUAUUCGAAAAGCGGAGAACGAGUGAGAAGAAGACGUCGAGAAGAGCUGCCGUAGAUCUAUAA